AUGUCGGUAUGCAAUCGAGCUGUGGCCUCUGUCCUGAUCCUUCUGCUUGCCAUUCUGGCUGUAUUCUUUCUGAACCAGUUUCCACAGGACACGAAAGGGACCAUCACGGAUUGGGUCAAACCUGGAGACAAGACCGGCGAGUUCAAGCGACAGGCGUCGCGGUUUCGCAACUUUAUUUCCAAAGACCCCAAUGCCGAAUUUCCUGCCGAGAAGGAUCGCUAUCACUUGUUCGUUUCAUACGCCUGUCCAUGGGCGCACCGGACGCUAAUCGUCCGAAAACUGAAGGGACUAGAAGAAAUCAUCCCUUUCACCAGCGUACAUUGGCACAUGGGAGAAAAAGGGUGGCGCUUCGCUACCUCUGAUGAAAAUGUCCCUGGCGAGAAUGUCACGCCCAAUCCGCUAAAUCCUGACUUCACACACCUUCGCGACCUCUACUUUUCCGUGAACAAGGAUUAUGAGGGUCGAUUCACAGUUCCCACGCUUUGGGACAAGAAGAAGCAGACCAUUGUCAACAAUGAGUCGGCCGAGAUUAUCCGGAUGUUCUACACCGAAUUCGACGAUCUGUUGCCAGACCAAUACAAGAAUGUCGACCUAUUCCCCAAGGAUCUGCGAGACAAGAUUGAGGAGACGAACGGAUGGACGUACGACGACAUCAACAAUGGCGUGUACAAGUCCGGGUUUGCGACAACCCAGGAUGCCUACGAGAAGAACGUGAAACAACUGUUCAAAUCACUCGAUCGUGCUGAGGCGGACCUGGCAAAGUCCUCUGGGCCGUACUACUUUGGAGACAAGAUCACCGAGGCCGAUAUCAGGCUGUAUACGACCAUUGUGCGCUUUGAUGUGGUUUACGUCCAACACUUCAAGUGCAACAUCAGGGAUAUCCGUUCUGGCUAUCCUCAUUUGCACAAGUGGUUGAGGAACCUGUACUGGAAUGUCCCGGCGUUCGGCGAAACCACGCAAUUCGAACAUAUCAAGAAGCACUACACUAAGAGCCAUAAGCAGAUCAACCAGUUCGCCAUCACUCCUGUUGGACCAUUGCCGGAUAUCUUGAAGCCGGAUGAAGAAGUUGCCGCAGCGCGGCACUGA